CCAGGGAGUGCUUCUUUGAGCAGCAGGAAGGUAAACAAGGUUUUCAUGCGCAAGAAAGGCAUUUGCAGUGUUAAGGAAUUGUAAGUUCGAACCAUGGGGAAGUCUUUCUCUCACUUGCCACUGUAUAACAAAGAUGACAGCUGUGCAUCUCCAUCUGACAUGUCGGAACGCAAUGGAUCGUUACAAUCAGAAGGUCACUUUAAAGAUGGAGAAAGUGCUGAUGCGUAUCAAUUUCCAUAUGUCGAAUUCACUGGACGGGACAGUGUCACGUGCCCAACAUGUCAAGGAACAGGAAGAAUACCUAGAAGUCAGGAAAAUCAGCUUGUUGCAUUGAUCCCAUACAGUGAUCAGAGACUGAGACCAAGGAGGACAAAGCUGUAUGUGACAGUUUCAGUGAUGGUUUGCCUACUUCUUUCUGGACUGGCUCUGUUCUUCCUGUUUCCACGAUCCAUUGAUGUAUCCUAUGUAGGCGUUAAGUCUGCCUAUGUUAGUUAUGACCAAGAUCGGAGUAUUGUCUAUCUCAACAUUACAAGUACCUUGAACAUAACAAACAAUAAUUACUAUUCUGUGGAAGUGGCAAACAUCAGUGCGCAAGUUCAGUUCUCUAAAACUGUAAUUGGAAAAUCUCGGUUGAGCAAUGCUACUUCAAUUGGACCGCUAGACAUGACUCAGAUUGACUACAUGGUCCCUACAGUGAUUGCUGAUGAGUUGAGCUACAUGUAUGAUUAUUGCACAUUGCCGUCCAUAAAAGUACAUAAUAUUGUUGUCAUGAUGCAAGUAACGGUGACAACAGCAUACUUUGGCCAUACUGAGCAAGUUUCUCAGGAAAGGUACCAGUAUGUGGAUUGUGGAGGGAACACUACUUACCUGCGUGGCCAUUCCAAGGUUGUAAAUGUCCUACAGCCACCAGAAUAGGACUGACUUCUACAUUAGCUUUUCACAGAUGGGGAAGUAUUGGCACAUUUUGCAAGGAUCCACAAAAGUGUUACUACUUAGUUAUUAAAGAUCAUGUAGUUCUUCUCACUGUGAUCACAGCAUAUCUUCACUAAGUUAUUAUUGUUUUAAUGUUUUACAGUUCUGUGUUUUAGAUGGCCAUGUGAGGUGCCAGUGUAAAGUCCUGUCAGACAUGGGUUAAAAGAUCUAACAAUCUCCUUUCAUUGUGUUUAAAUAUUCCUUUCUACGGUACUUGGAAUAUCUAUAUGCACUUUGUCACAUUAAAUUACCUAAAAGACAUUAAUGGUGAAAUCACUACACAUUUGUUUAGAAUGAAUUUGUAUAAUACAAAACAAUUAAGAGAAACAUUUAUGCAGCCUGAUGUAGUGUCAGCUUUGAAAUAUUAAAUGAUUCACACACUACUGAAAUCCUCUCUUUUACAUUACUUACAAUUAUUUUAAAUGAAACCAUGAUGUAUAACUGCAGGUUUUUUUUUUUUUUUUUUUUGUUUUUUUUUUUUUUUUUUUUUUUUUUUUUUUUUCAUAGCAUCAUAAUCUAAAUUGUGUUGGUUACAGCCUGUGUGGGAGUAUCCCCUAAACUGUCUGAUUUUUUUAUUUUUUUUUCUCGCUUAGUAACUUGACUAGCAAAAAAGAAGUCCGUUAAAUCUACGUAGUACUCUUUACUGUUGAGGGGACAACUAAGGGGAUUGUCUAUGGAGUUGAAAAACAGAAAAUAAAAAAAAAGAAAAAUGUAAAGACUGUUAUUAGUCUUGAAUACAAGCUUUGGGGGAAACAGUAUUACCAGUGAUCUGACUGACAACUAUAAAUGAUGUGUGUAUUGCUGAUAUUAGAUAUCACAGUAUUUAAUUCUUCAUUUUUCUUUUCAGAGGUUUUAAGUUACUUUAAAACCUUGCUUUUCUUUUUUUUUUUUUUUAAUUUAAAUGAGUUAACUGAGCAAAUUAACAGUUUUUAUACAUUUUUAUUCAAAUGUAAAUAUUAAGUGUGAUGUGUUUAAUAUAAAUUCUUAGCUUAUUUGCCGUGGAACAGUUAUUUCCUGAAAGUUGUAUUUGAAUGAAUAUUUCAAAGUGCUUACACUUUAAAUCAAUGCAGGUUAUUUAACAGUUAUUUAAGGGGGGUGGGAUGGGGAUAGUUGAUUUCUGUACUGAGCACUUGAUAAUUGUUAUGGAUAACCAGUUUUUUGGUAUUCUCCUGCUACACUGCAUAUUUAUCGUUUAAAUUGCAUAUGUUUAAAUGACUUUUGGUUUAUUGUUUUUUAGUAACCAAUUAGAAUUAAAAUUAGCUUGAAUAUCAGUAUUUAGCUAUCCAAGUCAAAAUACUGGAAUUCUCUGUGUGACUUUAUUACUUUGUGCUGCAAUACCUAUUUCGGAGUGUGCCAGGAGGCACAAAUCAAAAUCAUGGUUAUGAUUUAUGUUUCUUAAUCUGUGGAAUUGUGGUUAGCAUACUCGUUUUGGUUGUAUGUCCACCAGCAGUUAAUUUUUACCUUUGUACAUAUUAACACAGCACUGACAGACUUACCAGUGACCGGUUCCUACAAACCUGCAUCUAUGUAAUUGUUAACGUAGGUAUUUUAGAACUACAUUGUGGGGAGGGCGGCUGUUGUUUUCUAAACAUGAUGAAUUUAUAUUAUUUUUGUAAUGCAUAUCUCCUUGAUAUAUUCCCUGUAGCACUUUACUAUGUAUGGAAUAGGUACUGUACUGUACGUUGAUGGAUAAAUGUACGCUAUUAAAAAUAUAUACUACA